CAAGGCAACAUCAUCGCACUCAGCACCAAACUUGACCACCACUGUCGGCACCCGAGUCCUGUUCCUUGAGCAGUACAUAGUACCACUGCAAUCCUAUGGCCUUUCUACAUUUUUGCCAGGGAUUCUCCUCGACUCCAUGGAGCAAAAACCCCAGGCACCUGGCUCCCCGGCUAAGGCUAGACGGCCUGACACGAGAGACACUUUGCCCCGCCUUCGCCCCGGGGAUGGCGACGCUGACAUCCUGCCAUAUACUUCAAGUUCAGCUAAUAAAUCUCCGCUCAAGGCUUGGCCGAGGUGCUGAUGCACAGGUACUAGUCCUACUACAGAAACACCAUAUACCAUAUUUGACUGUCCUCUCUCUCGGGAGAGCUACCCUUACCACUUGACCCCGCUCGAAAGUCAGGGACAUUUCCUGGGCCACGGAACUAACAAUCAGCCCUCGGACAUAGGCAGGCAUGCCUGAUGCUUUGAUGGGGAAUGCCAACCAAGAUCCCAGAGUGCCGGUUCGCCUGACAUGUAGGACAUUUCAUUCGUACUGCAUCUACGCUAGGAUACCUCCCCAUCGCAGGCUCGUCUCCUGGACACCGCUGCAAUGCUAGUGUACGAGGACAGAGUUUGACCCCAGUUCAACGGACUUAUUGGAACAGACACUGAUGGCAGUCGUCAGCACAUUGGCGAGGAGGCCUCCACGGGAGCUGAGGUCUUCCAAGGCAUGAAUACGGGGCUAGAAUGGACUUUACACGGAUGAAUUAUCUAUAUCAGCCAAUAUGUACUUCUACUUCUCCUCCAAACCCGUCACUUUCUGGGCCCCGUCUCUCCUCUUAAUUUCAUCCUUACAACAGCUCAAGAUAUUCUGCCUUGCUCAGAUAUGACUAACACUAACGGCGUGACUGGCCUGGACGGGGUUAAUGGGACUGAUGGUUCUGGAAAAUCAGGCCAUGUUUCCGUGGAAGAGUUCGUUCAGCAGCAGAGCUACGACUACAUCAUCUGUGGUGGAGGCACAGCGGGAUUGACUGUUGCUGCGCGCCUAACGGAGAAUCCUGAAGUCACUGUUGGGGUCAUUGAAGCUGGGAAGAACCGACUGGGAGAUGCUCUCGUCGACACCCCUGCCUUGUUUCUCCAGAUGCUGGGCAACAAAGAGUAUGACUGGACGUUUGAUACAGUUCCCCAGGUGGGAAACAAAAGCAAAAUCCAUCAUGUCCCUCGCGGACGGGCCCUAGGUGGAAGCAGUGCCAUCAACUACAUGAUGUACGUGCGUGGUUCGGAUCAUGACUACGAUGACUGGGCCGAACUCGCCAACGACCCCGCCUGGUCGUCAGCCAAACUGAAGGAGUACAUGCGCAAGCACCAGAGCCUGGAGCCGAUCGACGAGCAAGUCAUCGAUCGUACAUGCAUGCCAUUCGUCGGCGACAAUCACGGCACCAGUGGCCCCGUUCGCACCAGUUUCAACGACUUCCGCCUCCCACUCGAGGACGACAUCGUCAAAGCCGCAGACCAAGCCACCGGCUUCGACAAGAAACCCAUCGACCCUUGGAGCGGCGACCACAUAGGCUUCUACAAUACACUUGGAACCGUGGUGCGGACCGGUGCGGACAAGGGCAAACGCAGCUACGCAGCCCGUGGGUAUUUCCAAGCCAACCAACACCGGCCGAAUCUGAAGGUCAUCACCGAAUCACUCGUUUCUCGAGUUAUACUGGAUGAGAACAAGACAGCAACAGGAGUCGAGUUCAUCCACAAUGGCCACAAGCACACGAUCAGAGCGAAUCGCGAAGUCAUUGUCGCCGGCGGCGCCAUCAACACGCCUCAAAUCCUCGAACUGUCGGGAAUCGGGGACCCCAAAGUGCUAGAGGCCGCCGGGAUCGAAUGUCUCGUCGAGCUGCCCAGCGUCGGCACCAACUAUCAAGACCAUGUAGUCAGUGCGAUUGUAUACCAGCUGGCGCCAGACCAAAUGUCAGGCGACUCAAUCUACAAGCCUGAAGUCAUGGCCGAGGCCCAGAAAGCACUGGCAGAAAUGCAAGGCGGGCCUCUGACAUCAAUCCAAUCCGUACAAGGAUUCUUCCCAUGCUCGCUGUUCCUCGAACCAGGGGAGCUCGACGAGAUUGUGGCGUCCACCAGGAAAACCCAAGAAGAUCCAUCCACCCCGGCGUUCCAGAAGAAGCAACUCGACAAAGUGAUCGCACACCUCCGCGACCCGCAUUCUGCAAAUUUACAAUUCGUCUUCAUCGCGGCGACAGCCGAUAUGGUGCACGGCGUGCAAGACCAAAGUAAGCUGUGGCCUCCACCAUCAGACACAUCGGGCGCCACUCCGGAUGGAAUUACACUCGCUGUCUGUGUGCAGUACCCCGUGUCCCGCGGCCACGUUCAUAUCCGAAGCGCCGAUCCAACCGCCUACCCUGAAGUUGACCCGGGUUACCUAUCGCAUGAAGCCGACGUGGCCGUUCUGGCCGCGGGCAUCAAGUUCAUCGAAUCGCUCGCACGUGCACCUGCCCUCCAAGGGAAACUCGGUCCUCGGAUCCAGCCGAGCAGAAAAGAUUUCCCACACCUGGAUACCGUCGACGCCCGACGCGCCGCCGUGCGUGAAUUUUGUCUAGGCGAGUAUCAUAGCUGUGGCAGCUGCGCCAUGGGCGAUACCGUUGACUCGAGACUGCGUGUCCUUGGUGGCGUGAAAAAACUGCGCGUCGUCGAUGCUAGUGUUUUCCCAAACAAUGUCUCGGGGAAUAUUGUUAGUAGUGUCUAUAUGCUUGCCGAGAAGGCCGCGGAUCUGAUCAAGGAGGACUGGGAGUUUGAUGUGCUUGGAAAAGUUAAGGCUCAAGUCCAAGCGAAAGCCGAAAAGGGACCGUAGAUUGCAGUGGUGAGCGAUUCCUUCUGGCUUGGGUGGGGGAUAACAUUUCCGUGCUCGUGCCAUGCAGAGCCAAGGACUCGGUGGCCAAAAUCUGUACUUGUAUUCAUCACAGGGCAAUGCGGUAGUGGUGUGUUGAUGUUGGAAUUGGAGUUCCGUUGAAUUCCGUUCUUUCGGUACAGUACCAACCAUUGACCAAUGUGUGAUCUGAUCCAUUUUUGCCUUAAGUACAGACCUAAGUGACCUAACG